AUGUUGGAUAAUCGUACUUCUUAUUUUAAUGUUUAAGGAAAUAAAGCUAACUUUAUUUAGAAUAAUAAAUUGUUUAAAUCACUUAAGUUAAAAGGAUAAUAAGCAAAAUCAAAAUCAAAAGAACCGAUUCGAGGAUAACUGAAAACAUUAAAAAGAAUAGAGGAUAUAAUUGAUGAACCUUAAAUGCAGCAAAGGGCUUUGACAACAUAAAAAAAAUUGGCUCCUUUAAUUGAGGAAUAAGAAUAAAGAAAUGAAGAGAUAAAUCCAAUGAGAUACAAUUUAAUGCAAUUAUUAGUAUUGAUGGGAAAAAAGGAAUAAUAUUUUGAUAAAUUAGUUAAAGAUGAUUUCAAAUUAAUAAGAGUAACAAUUCAUUAAAAGGAAAGUGUGGAAGAUCAUAUUUAAAAAAUUAAAAAAUUUUUAAGCAAUAAAGUUCGUUAUAAGUAUAGAAGUAGUUUUAAAAUGCAAUGUAUAAAGUACAAUAUUUUUUAAAGUCUAAAUAUAGUUAGAACUAUUGAAGUAUGUUCCUAAGAAAAAAUCAAUUGCUAUAAAAAACAGUUAAAGAGAUUAUGAAGUUGAUGAAGAUGAAGACAAUUCUAAAAAAAAGAAAAUAAGUGCAAGAGGUUAUUAAGAUUUUUCUCAUUGGAAGAAAAAGAAUAAUGUUUAACAAAAUUAGAAAGUAUUUAUAAUAACAAAUGGUUAUCAUGCAUUACGAGAUUCAUUAUUAGAGAGAAAUUGGGCAGAAAAUGAGGAUGCAUAUAGUCCAUUUUUUGAUUUAAAAUGGACAUGUGGAUUGAGAAGUGAUGAUUUUUAAAAUUUGAUGGAUUUUUAAUAGAUAAAUCAUUUUGAUUCAAAUUAAUGUCUUUGUUCCAAAUAUGGUUUAGCUAGAAAUAUAAGAUGUAUAUAAAAUUGGGAGUCAUUUUUUCCUAGAUGUUAUGAUUUAGGUGAUUUAGUUGAUUUUUCUGAUUUCAUAGAAGAUUUUAAAAUAUCAAAAAUACAUAGUAUGUUAUUAGAAUUUGAUUAAAAUUAAAAAAACAAUUAAAAUAAGAAAGUUAUUACAGAACCAUUUGAAGAAGAAGAUAAUAAAAAUAUAUUACGAUUAAAAGACUUUAAAAAUAAUACGAUUAGAGUAAGUGAAGAUAAAAAAUAAACAUUUACAAUGAAUUAUAGAGAUAGAUUCAAAAUACGUUUAUGUUUGAUGAUUUUAAAUAGAGUAGUUUGUUAAUUAGGUAAUAUGGUAAAAAAUAUAUUGAGAGAUGAAUAUCCAUUUGUUCAUUCUGGGGAAUGGUUAUAAUUAAUAAAGGAACCUGAAAAACCUAAAGAAUUAUAAGCAUAAGAAUAAAUAGAAAUGAUUCUAAAAGCUAAUGGAUAUGAUGAUUUCGAAGGUGAGAAAUUUAAUAAGAAAUAUGGUUCUUAAAUUAAAGAAUUAUUAAAAUAAUUAAAUAGAAAUCCUCAAAAUUCAUUAUAAGGAACUAGAAACAUUUGGAUUGUUAAGCCAGAAUAUUCUUCAAGAGGUAGAGGUAUAAAAUGCUUAGAUGAUUUAAAUUAAAUACUUGAUACUGUAAAUAAAGAAACCAUGAAUUAUGUUGCCAUGAAAUAUAUAGAGAAUCCAUUAAUAAUUAAGAAUAGAAAAUUUGAUAUUCGUUAAUGGGUAUUGGUUACUGAAUUAGUUCCACUAAAAAUAUACUUCUAUAGUGAAUGUUAUAUAAGAUUCUCUGCAGAAGAAUUUAAUAUUGAUUAAUUUCAUAAUAAAUUUGCUCAUCUUACUAAUAAUGCAAUUGCAAAGCAUUCUUAAAAGUUUUAUGAAUCAGAUAUUAAAGGUAAUAUGUGGACAUAAGAAGAAUUACAAUAAUAUCUUUUUGAAGAAAAUGGAUGGGAUGUUUUUACAGAAAAAAUACAACCUAAAUUUAAAGAAAUUGUAAUAAACAGUUUAAAAUGUUGUAGUGAUCAAAUGAAAAAUAGAAAAAGAUCUUUUGAAGUUUAUGGCUAUGACUUUAUGAUUGAUGAUCAAUUUAAUUCUUGGUUAAUUGAAGUUAAUAUGUCACCUUCUAGUGAUACAACAACACCUGUUACUGCUCAAAUAAUACCUAAAAUGUUAGAAGAUAUUAUGAAAAUAGUUGUAGAUAAUUAAAAUAAAACUAAAAAGAAGGUUGGAGGAUUUCAAUUGAUUUAUAAUAGUGAUACUAAAUUAUUAUGA